CUCUCACACACACCCAUUUGUGUGGCAAAGAAUUUGGAUAGCCCUAGUCCCAAAUCCUAGUCCCUUUUGCCUUUUCCUUCUUUCACAUUUACAAUAAUCCUUAGUGUGUGGGAGACAAAGAGAGUGUGUGUGUCACAAACAUCCCAAAGCUGCAAACAUGGCCAACAUGAUUGUUGCCUCCUCCACCAAAUCUCUGAUUCCAGUUUCCACCAAUUCUCUCAAACCUAAACUCCUCAACAUACAAGCUUCCAAGAUAUCACUCCCCAAAAUCAGAGUCAGAAUCCCAUCUCCAUUCCAAACCCUCAAACUCCUCUCCCUCGCGGCGGUGCCACUGGCCGUGGCCGCACCACCCUCCCUCGCUGAAGAAAUCGAGAAAGCUGCACUCUUUGACUUCAACCUGACCCUACCCAUCAUCAUGGCGGAGUUCCUUCUCCUCAUGGUGGCCUUGGACAAGGUAUACUUCACCCCACUUGGGAAUUUCAUGGACGAAAGGGACGCUGCUAUUCGUGAGAAGCUGAACAGCGUGAAGGACACCUCUGAGGAGGUGAAGCAGCUGGAGGAGCAGGCCACGGCGGUGAUGAAGGCGGCAACGGCUGAGAUAGCGGCGGCGCUGAAUCAGAUGAAGAAGGAAACACAAGCUGAGGUGGAUCAGAAGAUCGCUGAGGGUAGACAGAAAGUGGAAGCUGAGUUGCAAGAGGCUUUGGCUAAUUUGGAGAAACAGAAGGAAGAGACUAUUAAGUCCCUUGAUUCUCAGAUUGCUGCUCUCAGUCAGGACAUUGUUAACAAGGUUCUCCCUGCUCGUUAGUUUCGUAAAUUCCCAUGAUUCUAUUAUAUUUCUUUGUUUUGGACUUCAAUUCUGUAAUGAUAAGGACAUGCAUUGUAAACUCAAACUCUGAAAUUGCAGUCUGCACAUUACAGGUUCUUUUUUUUU